AUGAGUUAUCACACGGGCGCCACUUUCGUCCCUGGGGGAGAUGAUUCUUACUACAUGCCAGAAAUUAUACAGCCAACACCAAACAGAGUACAUGAGCUGCCAAACAACAUACAACAUAAUGUGGCUCAGAUGGAGCAAGCUGCCUCAAAUCCCACCUCUGCGAAUUCUGCCUACUCAGGAUCAGUCUACUCUCCCCAGUCCGCCGAAUAUAUGCAGGGUGGCACGCAAUCAUGGGCGCCGCCACAAGCCCCUCACACGAACGUCCAAGGGUAUGAUCAGAGGGCGCUCCAGGACAACCAAACCGAAGCAUACAGGCAAGAUAACCUUUUCCCCGCCAGAACGACCUCGAUGGCCCCGACGGAACAGCCAAACUUUUCUCCGUUUCCUAUGCUCCGCAACCCUCCUCCCAACAUACCGCCGACCGAUGAACAGAAAGAGGCCACACUAGAAGCCGCAAGGGCUGCUGUGCUCAACUGCAAUGACCCUGAUACCCAGCUGACGUGGGCACAAGACGCGUUAUCAUACGUUGAGAUAUGCCUCCAAAAUGAGGAAAGAGUCGCUCUGGCACAAGCACCCCGAACAAGGACGCCUCGCAUUGAGCACGUCCUUAGGGAAGACGCUAUCAAGAUCGUCAGCUUUCUUGCCGAUCAACACCAUCCCAAGGCCGAGUUCAUGAGGGGCAUGUGGCUUGAAUUUGGCAAAUUCGGACACAGGGUUGACAAGAAAGAAGCAUUCUAUUGCUACACAAGAGCUGCGGAGAAAGGGUAUGUUCGUGCGGACUACCGCAUUGGAAUGCAGUUCGAAUCUUCAAACGAUGCAUUGAAGGCAAUUCGGUACUAUCAGAAAGGCGCGGAUGCUGGAGAUUCAGCCGCCUGCUACAGGCUAGGAAUGAUGACACUCCUUGGCCAGCAUGGACAGCCACAGAACUUCGAACGUGGUCUCAACCUCAUAUAUAUGUCGGCCCAGACAGCAGAUGAAAACGCACCGCAAGGCGCCUAUGUCUUUGGCAUGCUCCAAGCGCAACAGAUGCCACAAAUCCAGAUUCCGGAUCAAUUUUUGCCCAGGGAUAUUGCUGGAGCCAAGAUGAACAUCGAAAAGGCUGCGUACCUGGGAUUUGCCAAAGCCCAAGUGAAGAUGGGGGCAGCAUAUGAGCUUUGUGAGUUGGGCUGCUCCUUUGAUCCUGCUUUGUCCUUGCAUUACAAUGUCCUCGCCGCAAGACAGGGUGAACCGGAAGCAGAAUUGGCCAUCAGCAAGUGGUUUCUUUGUGGCCACGAGGGUCUUUUCGAGAAGAAUGAGGAAGUCGCCUUUACGUAUGCGCAGAGAGCAGCUCUGUCUGGGUUUCCGACAGCCCAAUUUGCGUUAGGCUAUUACUAUGAGGUCGGCAUAUACGUCCCGGUGAAUUUCGAGCAGGCCAAGGAGUGGUAUCGCAAGGCAUCACAAAGCGGUAAUCAAGAUGCUACAGGAAGGAUCGAUGCUAUCUCUAGGUCAAAGACCCUCUCUCGAAAAGACCAUGAAAGUGUCGCACUUAAGAAGAUCCGGCAGCAACGUGGCUCGAUGAUCGGAGGAACCGAUGUGCCUUCAGUUCCCGCGAUGCCAACUUUGUCAGAAGAGGCUGAGGCUGAACAGCUCGAAAUGCCGGAUCCUUCUCGAUUGUCGCUCAACAGCCAGAGAGCGCCUCCAGCCAGGCCUGGCAGCGCGGCCCCUUACCCCACUGGUCCCCCGAAUAUGCCGUCUGUGAAUCAAGGUCCGGAUAUUCGACCCCCAUCGGCCUUUGGCAUAAACCCCAACCUUCGACCAACCUCGGCCGCGGCCAUGGGAGCCCCAAGACCUGAUCCAUAUGGCUCUCCCCCAUCUAACAUGCCUCAGCAGCGGCCUUAUUCUAACCCUGGAGGGCCCGGUUACCCUGGUCCUGGGUAUGGCCGUGGAGGACGCAUGCCAUCAGGAGGACCCCCGCCUCAGGGCCAAGGAAUUCCUACUAUCAGGCCACCAUCAAGACCCAACAGCUCCUCACCGUACCUUGGGCCAGGGCCGCAGCCAGGAGGUCAGUCACCACCCGCAAAGAUUGACAUUGGCUUUUCCGCUCCUCUCGAGCCAGAGAGACGACCUCGACCUCAGCAACAACAGCCAAAUGGGCCUCCCCUGCCGAACCCUAACAACCCUCCACGUGGGUCCCCAAGACUUCAACAAGGCCCUCCCUCGCAAGGUCGUCCAGGUCACAAUGCUGGUGGAUACAGUGGCAUGCCCAACUCCAAUGUCCGGCCUCCCAACAAUCAAGUACAAGUACCACCGAAUGUCAAGCCUGCAAAUCUCCCACCUUCCAAACCCGAUGCGAGUGCACCCAUUGGUGGGGGACCACCUUCUAAACCGAGUACUGUUCCAGCAAAUGCGGCACGACCUCCCGGGAAGGGGCCCAAGACAUUCGAUGAGAUGGGCGUUCCCCCGGGGAAGGAUAAGAGCGAAUGUGCUGUUAUGUAA